GGUCUGGGGGUACAGAACAGCUUGGGUUGGGGUUUGGGUUUGGGUCUGGAGGUGCAGCUGUGGCUCAGGGGGACAUCCCCAGUGCCACUGGUGGGGGGCUCAGGCUCAGCCAGGACGGGGGUCCCCUGGGUGACCCCCAGGGUGUCAGCCCCUGCCAGCAGCUGAGUCCCCAGCACAGGCAGCCCUGGGGGGGCUCAGGUGCAGCUGCACAGGUGCCUUUGCUGCAGGGCCCUGCCCAGGGGCUGCCCCAGGGCAGGGGGAGCCCUGAGCAGCCCCCCCUGGCUCCUGCCAGCCCCCCCGAGGCUGCCCCAGCCCCAGGGAGGAGGUUCCUGAGCUGUGUGCACAUCACCCUGUCCUGCAGCACCCAUCCCCCCGGGCUGGGCUGGGAUGGGAUGAGGGGGAGCCACAAACCUCCAGCCCAGGCUCAGGGGUCACCAGCAGCUCCAGAGGCUUCAGCUGCUGAGCUCCCUCCUGCCCAGGGUCCCAGCCCAGAGCUGCAGGGCAGGGCCAGGGCUCAGCUCCAGGGCUCGGGGGCUCAGGGGACCCCCAGCCCUGCCCCUCCUGCAGGAGCUGCCAGCAGGGUUUGUGGUGCUGCCUCUCAGACCAGCGUGGAGAGCCCCAGCAGAGCCAGCCCGGCAGCAGGAGCCUGUGUGCAGCCCCAGGAGCAGGAACACGCUGCCCUGCCCGUCCCUGCUCCACCCCACAAGGACAUCCCUGCCUUCCCCAGGCAGCCUGCCCAGCCCCUGCUGCUGCCCUACAAGCCCUGGGGCAGCUCUGGGAUGUACUAUGUGCCUCUCCAGCAGUCUGCCCCCAGCCCGUGCCCAGGGCAGCCCCAGGCCAGAGGACACAGCUCCCACUCAGGCUCAGAGGAGGCUCCUGCAGGGCUCCUGGCCCCGGUGCUGCCUCUCAGGGACAGUCCCAAUCCCAUCCCAGCUGCCCAGCAGAGAGGGACAGCCCAUGGCCACAGGCCUGAGCAGCAGGGGAAGGCAGUGGAGCAGCUCUCAGGGCCCACAGAUGGCUGCAGGAGUGUGAAGGGCCCUGGAGCUGCCCCUGGGAGCUGCUGCCUGGAUCCCUGGGGGCUCUGCAGGCACAGCCUGCCCUGCUCAGCUGCUGCCCUGGCCCCAGGGGGACAGCAGCAGUUCUUCCCCCUCCCUGCAGAGCAGGAUGAGAGCAGGGUGGAGGAGCUGGGGGCCAGGGCACCCCCUGGCCAAGGGGCUCCCCCUGAGCACAGGGGCCAGCCCAGGGCAGGGCUGGGUGAGCUGUGGCUGAGCUUCCUGGAGAGGCAGAGGGGGCAGAGGGGGCAGCAGGGCCAGGAGGGGCAGCUGAGCCUGGUGCAGCGCCUGGAGCGCCUGGCCAGGCUCCUGCAGAGCCCCAUCAGGCACAGCCUGGCAGCUGGGGGGCAGGCCAGGCUGCAGGGCAGGCAGGGCAUGCAGGAAAUGCAGCACCUGCAGGGCAGGGAGCAGCCAGCAGGAAAACCCAGGGCUGGGAGCAGCACCGAGCCCAGGGCAGGGGCAGAGAGAGCAGAGCACGGGGUGAGCCAUGGCCAGAACAGCCUGGGGGAGCCCAGGGCAGAGCUCAGGGUGAGCCACGGCCAGAACAGCCUGGGGGAGCCCAGGGCAGAGCUCAGGGUGAGCCACGGCCAGAACAGCCUGGGGGAGCCCAGGGCAGGGGGAGAGAGAGCAGAGCUCAGGGUGAGCCAUGGCCAGAACAGCCUGGGGGAGCCCAGGGCAGAGCUCAGGGUGAGCCAUGGCCAGAACAGCCUGGGGGAGCCCAGGGCAGAGCUCAGGGUGAGCCAUGGCCAGAACAGCCUGGGGGAGCCCAGGGCAGGCAGGGCAGGGCUCAGGGUGAGCCAGCAGCUGGAAAAGGCUCUGCAGGAGCUCAGGGAACAGAAACCAGGGCACAGGGUGUCCCAGCAGCUGGAAAAGGCUCUGGAGGAGCUCAGAGCAGACAGAGAAGGGCACAGGGUGUCUCAGCAGCUGGAAAAGCUGGAGCAGCUCAGGGCAGGGCACAGGGUGUCCCAGCAGCUGGAAAAGCUGGAGCAGCCCCCAGCAGCUCCCAGUGAUGGCUCCUCAGAGCCCAGCAGCUGCAGCAGCCCAGGGUGGGACACAGGGACCCUGGCAGGGCUGGACACGUCCCCAGGCUCGGGGGACAGCAGCUCCCUGUCCCUGUCCCUGUCCACCAUUGACACGGGCAGGCUGCUGAGAGCCUUUGGGCAGCAGAGGCUGGGGCUGCCCCCACAGCCAGCCCCACAGCCAGCCCCACAGCUGUCCCCCAAGCUGUCCCCCAAGCUGUCCCCCAGGCUGGCCCAGCUGUACUGGGCCAUCAGGCAGCAGCAGAGGCGCUCCGAGCAGCGGGCUGGGGGCACUGGGAGCACUGGGAGCACUGGGAGCACUGGGAGCACAGCAGCCACGCUGGGACGUGCUGAGAGCCCCGGGGAGGGGCAGCACAGCCAGAGCUCCAUCCCCAUUUCCUGGGACUCCACUGGUGCCAGCAGCAGUUCCUGGGGGCCCAGCUCUGCCCUGGGCAAGAAGCGACGGGCACGGAUGCUGAGCAAAGGGGUCCAGGCAGGAGCCCUGGAGAUCGUCAGCAGUGCCACCAGGAGGAACACGAGGGACGUUGGGGUGACGUUCCCCACGCCCAGGAGCAGCCAGCAGCUGCAGCAGCCCCCAGGGCCCAGCCAGGAGGGGCCAGCAGCAGGCUGCCAGCAGCCCUGGGCACAGCUGGGCACGGACAGACAGAGCACGAGGAGGAGCAGGAUGCACUGGCAGCAAGGGCUGCCGUGGCUGGCCCAGGCAGAGGCCCUGCAGAGUGGCCCGAGGAAGGAGAACCGGGCCAGUGUCGGUGCUGGCCCCGGGCCGGCGUGGUUCGAGCCCUGGGGCAGCGCCCGGAGGGAGCCCCUGCGGGAGAGGAACUGGGAGCAGGGCAGCAGCGCCCCGGGGCAGCCCCUGGGCAAGCUGUCCCUGCAGGAGGCGCUGGCCCUGCGCCGCCCCGAUUUCCUGUCGCGCUCGGGGCAGCGCCUGCGGCAGCUGCGGCUGCUGAGGGAGCAGAGGAGGCUGCAGAGGGAGCGCCUGGCACAGCUGGCACAGCUGGCACAGCUGGAGCAGCUGCUGCCAGCCCCGGGGGAGCAGCUGGAGCCGCUGCAGCCUGCAGGGACCAGGAAGGAGGGCAGGCCUGCCCCGCAGCCCCUGCCCGACCGAGGUUUCCUGACGAAAGAAAGAAGAAGAGCAAUUCCCAAGAGGGAAAUGCUUCAAAGGUCUAAAAGGAUCUACGAGCAGCUGCCCGAGGUGAGGAGGAGGAGGGAGGAGGAGCAGAGGAGGCAGGAGUACAGCUCCUACCGCCUGCGGGCCCAGCUCUACAAAACCAAAAUCACCAACCGUGUCCUGGGCAAGAAGGUGUCCUGGAGCUGAGGGAGCAUCUCCAGGCAGCUGGCACAGCAGUAAAUGAUUCUGCAGCCCCACUUUGUGCUCCUGGGUCACUUUGUGCUGAUUCACCUGCCCUGGGGGGCAGCCAGUGCUCUGGGGGGAGUGACAGGGUUUGAAAUAGUAGCUGGGUUUUUAUAGUGGUGUUAGGCACUUCCAGAGGAGAAACUGAGUCUGGAAAAACUUGGUUCAUGAUGUAUUUAUAACUCCCUGGUUGGAAUAGCAGUUUUAUAUAUUUAUUUUCAAUGAGUUUUAAUGAGGAUAUUUUUAAUUUUUUAUUUUUUUUAACUCUUGUCUCAAUGUAGAAAAUCCACUUGUUAUGUUUUGUACCUGAAUAAAACACCUGAGCUGUUGCA